CACCUACAGCUUCACUUCAAAGCUCUGUUGUAUGCUUGCUUCAAUCGAUUAUUUUUUAUUCGUUCUCGUUGCUCAUGCCAUUAGCACAUAAUAUUUGCCGUUGAUUACAUUUGCAUAAACAUACGCUCCUGUAGAGUUUCUUUGAAUUACCUCGGAAGUCUAAAGGCUUUUUCGAUUUACGCUUCAGUUGCCAAAAAAUACACAGCUUUGAAUUGUUCGGAAUGGUAAUUUUAUUAGCUUCUUGUACCGUGUACAUGUACCAAUUAAUCAUGGAUAAUUUCUUCAUAAAAUAUUAUGCUUUUGGCUGUGUUGUUUUUAUGUUGUUAUGUAUAAUUUUUUACCGCUCCUUUUUAAAUUUACUGCUCACAAAAUGUUGUUUCAAAAUGUCAACAAACUGUAAUUCAUUCUUUCCGUCUGCAAACUACUCUCAUGCCCACUGCUCAGUCUAAUGAAAUUAAUGUUUUUUUCUUCUAUUUUUCAUUCUCGUUUCACCGCUUAGGAAAGCAACGAAGCCAAAUGGACCAAAAUAAAAUAUUCAUCCCAUUCCGAGAAAACCGAGUCUGUGUGCCAUUUUGCUCGUGGAAGUAGUUGUAUUUCGGCACGGUUUUCUUGGAAAGCUAGCAAAACAUUGUAGCAACUUCAGCGCAAAAGCAUCUUCCAACAUGAACUUGCCAGUGACCUUCCGGCACUAACGGGGAUGUAGGACCAAAAAAGUUUAAAAAUUUAUCCUACAUAAUUGAAAAAUGUUGUAAUGAAAACGUGAGAAAUUAUGUGGCCAGUUUUGUAUAAAGAUAUUAAUAUCUUGCAUUGUGUGAUUUGUUGUGUUUCUGUGUAGUUUGAGUAAUUCUCAUAAUUAAUUUUUUUUGAGCAGUGUACAGUGUGAAAAUACAGCAGUAGAGUGAUGCUAUAAAUCAGUCAUGCUAUUUACAUUAGAAAAGUGUCAAGAAAUCGGCUAGCAAGUGUACAGUGAAUGUGUGGAAUAGUUACAAACCUCAUCGAAAUAAUCCAGCACCAAGCAGUGAUCGUGUCUAGCUAAAGUUUGACUACACGUAGAUAGCGUUAAAUUCAGCUCAUUCAACCCGACCCCAUACGUAGGAUACUGUAAUAAAAUGCACCUUUACCCACGUUCCUUCCCUGGGAACGGUAGCAAAAGCAAAACGAACACGCGACAGCACCGAAUUCGUCCACAAAGCCUACGGAAUGUAUGCUGAACCGACUGCAGGACGAAAUCAAACAUGACCGAGCGCGCCAACAAUGACCAUUAAUCGACCGGCGUGCGAUGUUCAGCAACAUCCUGCAACGGUACCAAUAGUCAACGACGACGACGGCGACACGACCCGAACCGGAAGCUUCCCGUUCCGGUUGCACUUACCAGCGACGGGCGAAUUUUUCUCGCACCGGUACCAUCCUUUGUCGUUUGCUUUUGUGCUUUUUCUGCUGCUGCAUCUGUUUUCGCUUGCCGGGUCGGUUUGGUCGCAUCCACGCAAUGAGAAGGAAAACUUUGUUAAAACCACCGACGUGGAAGCAAUCGAAGACCAGCAGGCCAUCCUUUACUGUCCGCUUCUAGCAUCGAACCGUGACAAAAUCAAUAUGGUGCUGUGGUUUCGCGACAACGCUGGAAUCCCUUUGUACAGUCUCGAUGUACGGGGAAAAUCGCUCAACGAUGCUCAACAUUGGUCCGCGCCGCAGGUGUUUGGUCCACGUGCCCGUUACGUGAUCGAAAGUGAUCCAGCAUAUUUGGAAUUGAACGAAAUUAAACGUCACGAUCAGGGAAUUUAUCGUUGCCGAGUUGACUUCCAAAACAGCCAAACGCAAAGCUUCCGCUUCAAUCUCACCGUGAUUAUACCGCCAUCGCAACCCGUAGUUCUAGAUCGCUGGGGACGUGUCAUAAAUAGUACAAUAAUAGGACCAAAGGAGGAAGGAGAUGAUAUACUGCUGACGUGUCGUGUGGUUGGAGGCAGACCGCAGCCCGAUGUGCUCUGGUUCAUCAACGAUAAUCUGGUGGAUAAUCAGAUCGAACAGAACACCGGAAACAUUAUCGAAAAUCGUCUGCUGUGGACAUCCGUCCAGCGUCACCAGCUGCAUUCGGUCUUCACAUGUCAGGCGUCCAACACGAAGCUGAUGGAGCCCCGUACGAGCAAGUUUGUGCUCGAUAUGUACCUAAAACCGUUGGUGGUGAAUAUUCUCAACGCAACUGAAUCGCUUGCCGCCCACAAGGAGUACCAGAUCGUCUGUCAGUCUACUGGGGCGCGUCCGAAUGCGGUCAUCCAGUGGACCAAGGGCAAGAAGACGCUGAAACGCGUCAAGGAGCAUUCGAUCCGCAACACCACCUACUCCGUACUAACGUUCGUGCCAACGGUGGAGGAUGAUGGACGGUUGUUGGGAUGCCGGGCCCAAAAUCCGAAGGUGGCCGGCCUGUUCCUAGAACACUUCCAAAACAUCAGCGUACACUAUCCGCCAGUAGUUGUGCUGCAGCUUGGUUCCACACUCGCCAUGGACGAUAUCAAGGAGGGUGAUGACAUCUACUUCGAGUGCAAGAUACAAUCCAAUCCGUCAUGGCGAAGGUUAACCUGGUUACACAAUGGAGUGCAACUACCUCAGAACUCGUCGUCGACGAAAAUCGUACGCUCGAACCAGAGUCUGGUCAUACAGAAGGUGACACGCUACUCGAGCGGUUCGUACCAGUGUGGAGCACUCAACUCGGAGGGUGAAACGCUUAGCAAUGAGAUCGUGCUCAACAUCAAAUAUGUUCCACUUUGCGCUACGGACAAGAUUAUAAGCAUCGGUGUCUCGCUGGACGAAACAAUCACCGUUAGUUGUGAUAUAAUUACGCACCCGUUGGCAAGCAAGUUUUACUGGCGCUUCGAAAACUCGGAAGAGGUACUGGAAAUUGAGCAGCAUCGAUUUUCCAGCAAUGGUUCAUCGAGCCAGCUGCACUACACACCGACCAGCGAACAGGAGUACGGUACGCUGUCCUGUUGGGGUACGAACGAGAUCGGAACAAUGGCGGAACCGUGCAUUUUCCACCUGAUUGCAGCCGGUUUGCCCACCUCGGUUAUCAAUUGUUCGUGGCGUAACUACACGAACGCAUUCGAGGUGAACUGUCACCAGGGAUAUGAUGGUGGGUUGAAGCAAUCGUUUGUGCUCGAGAUGCUAUCAAGCCGUUACCCGGGACACAGCAUUAAUCUCACCAACACCGAGGAACCCAUCUUUGUCGUCACAUCGUUCGACCAGAUUCGACAGCAGCUCCCUGCAGGAGGUCAUCGCCAACCGGACUCACUCAAGCUGUACGUGUACUCGAUCAACCAGAAAGGACACAGCCCGCGUAUCUUUAUAGCGGAUCUGUAUAUACCGGCCACAUUAGACGAUCCUGCACCGACCCACGACCCCAAAUCGACCCUGCUGACACCCAUCCUGAUCGGGCUGUUCCUAACCAUCGUACUGAUCAUUAUCAUCAUCAUCGUUAGAAUUUAUCUGAAAUCGAAAAGACUUAAACAAAAUAUUAAUAAAGAAAAGCGAUACACGGAGGAGUCGAAAAAUACGCUUCUGCUGGUCGACUUAUCGAAGAAGGACAAACCCACGAAAACCACCAAAUGGAUGAACAACGUCGGUAGCAGCAUUAAAACGAAAACCAAAGUAGAAACUAUUGACGACGAGCAGGAUCCCGAUCUGAUACCGUAUCCCCGAUUGACGGACAUCCACCAGGAAGAGCUGAUUCCGAUUAACUCGACCGGUUCCGCAUUUGCCAUCAAGCAGCAUAUCGCCCAUUCGCCCCAGGAGCUAGAACCGGACAAGGUGGACCGGGAUAAGGGUACGGAACGGUUUUAUCAUCAGGCAAACCACCACCAUCAGCCCAUCAUAUCCAGCACCACCUACCGGGACGAUGAGAUCUCCGAGGCGGAAAUCAACCUGAAAGGAAUUGAAGACUUCCUAAUGACAAACCGAGUGCCGGAAAGCUGUGUGUGAUAUCGAUCCUUCGCAAAACCCGGUGCUGCUUUUCCUUCCUACUCCGUUGGUCAGUGUAUGGGAGGCACGAAACAAAAGAAACAACCCAGCAAAGCGGUCCAAGGCAACGUUCACUGCUGAGUGUGUCGUCUUUGUACGAUCGGGGAUUGGAUUGAUUCAAUUUGUGCUGUCUAUCAUUCGUACCAUUUUAUUUUUGCGAGAAGUUGCUUGAAUCGUUCACUUUCGUUGUUGUUUUUUUUUUUGUGCGGAUUCUAAACGCAAAAGUUCCCCGUAGUAACUUCUGGCCAACUGGCAGUGCAUUAAAUCAAAAAGUUAUAUUUUUUCCUCCCUGUUCGUUUACUCUGUUUAGCGCACCAGAGUCAAAAAAAAAGCUCUUUAGAAAGUGUGUGUGUGUUUUUUUGUUUUGCUAUUGGAAAUGGAGGGAAUAAUACAAAAUUUAAACAAAACUGAUCAUGAUUGGAGUAAAUUGCUUCCUAAUUUUAAAGCUGUACAAAGCGGAUAAGAAAAGCUGUGUUGGAAAGUGACCGAGCGAACCAUGGAGCGGUGUUCCUGUUUAAAGCUUAAAUUUACAACUUUAAGUAGUCGGUUCGGCGUGUUCAGCUCAAUAACGGAUACACAAUACUUAAUCUUGGACCCUUUCAAUGUAUAAAAAAACAAACAAACCAAAAAUGUAUUAAAAUUAAGCAAACAUUCAGCAGAAGAGAAACAAAAUAUCACAAACGGAACCGAGUGUGAUUGGCGCAACGAAUGGAACGUUUUGUUUUUUUUUGGGAACGUUAUCACCCCACUGCUGGAAGAAAAGGAUGUGGAAGUGAGUGGGAGUAGUAGUAUUAUUCUCGCAUAAGUCAAAGAAAACGGACACAUCUUGCUCUAUUCAAUAUGGACGUGUACCUAACUAGGAUCGAACGUUAAUCGGCGAAAAGGAUGUUUAAGUGUACUGCUGCUAGGUGAAUAAACUAUUAUGAUUAUUGAUUCAUUAUGUUUACUUUUAUUGGUCAUAUUCUAAAUAUUAUUGUAAUAAACGGAACCGGCAAAUGGCA